AUGAUCUCACGGGGGGUUUUUGCCUGCGUCUGUGCACUCUGGGCUGCGCUGGCCGUGGCCUACCCUGAUCCGUUCGAAGGGAUCGCAGAGCGUAGCACCGAUAGCACUCUCAACCCCAGAGAUCGGGAUUUGCUAUGGGAGAAGUACGGACUGAACAAGUCCGCCGAAUUUAAAUAUUUCCAUGAACCCGGCCGUGACGAUAUUCUCGGUCAUUAUGAUACCCGAUUUUUCACCGAACCCGUGCCCGACGAGGAGCGCUCGCAGACCUUGACGCACAUGAUUCGUGCCUAUCUGAACUUUUUUGAAGAUAACGGACUGGAGACCUGGAUCGCACACGGCACCCUUUUGGGAUGGUGGUGGAACGGCAAGGUCAUGCCCUGGGACUGGGAUAUUGAUACACAGGUGACCGAUACCACGUUGCUCCGUCUCGCCGAUCGGUAUAACCAGACAAUUGUUCGAUAUAAACCGAGACGCCGCGACCCCGAACUUAGCUACCUUCUCGACAUCAACCCGUGGGCCCGACAGCGCCAACGAGGCCAAGGAUUGAACAUCAUCGACGCGCGGUGGAUUGACAUGCGGACGGGGCUAUAUAUCGAUAUCACCGGCUUGAGUCAUCUGGACCCCAACAACCCCGACAUGUGGCAAUGUAAGAACAACCACAAGUAUCAGACGGAUGAUAUAUACCCCCUUCGGAGGACGACCUUCGAAGGAGUGUCGGCCAAAGUGCCUUUUCAGUAUAAGGCGGUGUUGAUUGAUGAAUACAAUGACAAGGCCUUGACGUCCACGCAUUUCCACAAUCACACCUGGCGUCCGAACCUGGAGGAGUGGGUUCUCGACGAGCCCUCGAGUGAGAAAGACGGCAAAGACGAUCGCCAGUAUGAAAAGCGAGCCGUCUCAUUCUUCUCAAUGAUCUUUGGUUGA